AUACAAUCAUGAAUAAUCCAAACUUUGGUAAAUUUCUGUCACAAUUGCAAAAACAAGCUAGAUCUUCUGGCGGUGGCAGAGGACCCGGUGGCAGCAACUUCAACUCUGGCGGUGCAUUCGCUGGCGGUGGAGGAUUAAUCCUUUUAGCACUCGGCGCUGUAGCUGUUAAUGCUAGUCUUUUCAACGUCGAUGGUGGUCAUCGUGCGAUCAAAUACAGUCGCUUUUAUGGUAUAAUGAGGGAUGUUUACGGUGAAGGAACUCACUUUAGAAUUCCAUGGCUUGAAACACCAAUUAUAACGGACAUUAGAGCGAAACCACGCAACAUCGGCUCUUUAACCGGUACAAAGGAUCUUCAAAUGGUUAACAUUACAGUACGUGUACUCUCAAGACCACGUCAGGAGGAGUUAUCAACGAUAUAUAAAGAAUUAGGCACAGAUUUCGAUGAAAGGGUUUUACCAUCAAUUGUUAACGAAGUACUCAAGGCUGUCGUUGCUCAAUUCAAUGCUUCACAAUUGAUCACCCAAAGAGAAAUGGUAUCUAAGCUCGUCAGGGAUAACCUCACGAAGCGUGCAUCAAGAUUUAACAUCGUUCUCGAUGAUGUCAGUUUAACACACGUAACUUUCUCUCCAGAGUUCACAACUGCUGUUGAAUCUAAGCAAAUUGCUCAGCAAGUCGCCCAAAGAGCUGCCUUCUUGGUCGAUCAAGCGAUCCAAGAAAAGCAAUCCAUCAUCGUUAGAGCAAAUGGUGAAGCAAGAUCAGCAGAAUUGAUUGGUGAAGCUUUACAGAAUAACAAAGGUUUCUUACACUUGCGUAAAUUGGAAGCUGCGAGGGAUAUCGCUGACGUUAUCAGUAAUUCUAACAACAGAGUUAUGCUCGAUUCAGGUAGCUUAUUGUUGGAUGUACAAAAUCUUGAUCCAAGCGUUUCCAAGUAGAUAUAAUAAUUAUUUAUGCAAAUCUUUACUUCUUAAAUGGAAUCGAGUGGAUGUUUUUAUCGAAUGAUGAAUCUGUGCUGUUUGCAGUGUUAUUGGGUGUGUUAACAUGGUUAUUGGUGGAU